GUAAUGAAUUUCUAAAUUAUGACAUUUACCAUAAAGCUUUAUCUGAAGGUUUCGAAAAUGAUAAAUCCAUUCGAGUAAAUGUUGUUGGAAAUUUUGCCCAAGGCAAGACAUCAUUGACCAAUAUUAUUGUUGGAAAAGAAUCAGAGAGCGUCCAGAGUACCAAUGGUAUUGAAAUAAAUCACUGCAAAUACUCUACUGCUAACGCAGAUAUCAAGUUCUGUUCACAAAGAUCUUCAUCUGACGACAAUGGGUUCUACAGGCGUAUUGCGUCAUUGGUACAAAUGAAGGAAGUCGAGAACAAAUCUAAACAAAGUACAGAUAAUUCAAAAUGUAACAAAUUAAAAGAAAAUUGUUCAGCUUUGCACGAAAACAUCAUACAGACAGCAGUAACGAAAGACAGUAAAAAUACCUUUCUAAAAUCACAUGAUUAUUUUGAAGUUUUAAGGCUACUCAGAACGAAUCAAUUUGAGCAGUUAAAUACUGAUGGCGAUCUACAGUUCUGGGAUUUUGGGGGUCAGUUUAUCUUUUACGCAACACAUACUUUAUUUCACAGCAAGACUUCUGUUUAUAUCAUGGUUUUCGAUUUAACCAAACCGUUAUCGGAUGUUAUAGAGGAUCCUGAAUUCCCAAACGAAUCUAUAGGAAAAAGCAUACAGCAGUGUGCAGAAUACUGGAUGAGAUCUAUACAUACUUACGUUGGAUCCGACGAUGGUUUACAGCCUCCAGUCAUUCUUGUAGGUACUCAUAAAGACUUACUAAAGGGCGAUGAAAGCAUAAGGCAGAAAUUUGCAGACGAUUAUUUUGAUGAAAUAAGGAAGCUUUUCGAAAAUACGCCAAUUAUAAAUCACAUUCAGGUGAAGGAUUUCGCUGUCGAUUGCACCAAUCCUUACGACAGUAUUAUUGUUGAACUGCGUCAGGAAAUCAUACGUCUUGGUUCUACUUUACAUGGAAUCCCUAUUCCUGCAAGAUGGCUACCUCUUGAAAAAAAAAUGCUUGCCAAGAAACAUAAAAAAAUAAUUCUGUAUAGCGAAGUUGAGGAUAUUGAUGCACAAAGCGAGUUUCCGCUAAGAGACAAAGAACAAAUAAAAGUGUUUAUCCUCUAUCAACAUGCAAAAGGUAACUUGGUUUACUUCGACGAAGAGCCGCUGUCAACAUACGUUGCUCUGGACCCGCAGUAUGUAAUUGACGCAUUUAGAUGUUUAAUCACGUCAGAGAGAUUCAUAAAAAAAGAUCCAAUAUAUCGUCCUUUUUGGAACACUCUUAGACAGGAAGCAAAGUUAGAAAUGCAAUUGCUUGAGAGAGUUUGGAGUACCGAUGAUCAAAACAACUUUCUGGUUCACAAAAACGUGCUGGUGAUGUUGUUGCAAAGGCAUCAUAUCAUUUCCGAAGCCUUGAGUUAUGACGACAAAACAGAGGAAACUAAAGGACUAGGGUGGUAUAUUGUACCAAGCUUUCUCCGCACACACAGUGCUAAUGAUGCUGUAAAGGCAUUCCUCACUGGAAGACAGAAGACUUUGGUAAAGUUUGUUAUGUCCUUUAACAUCACUCCAGUUGUGCAAAUAGUUUAUUAUCGGGUCAUCGCAGCUUUGGUUGGAAAAUGGGAAAUGGUUUCCAUUAAAAUGCCUGAGCGAGAGAAGCAGGUAUUGUUGUAUGACAAUCUAGGAAUGUUUAAACUUGAGCGUCACCAUGUCGGAAUAGUUGAACUUCAUCAAGGUUUCAUUGAUUUACAUGUCCUUAACCUUUGUAAUUCGGGCAUUGAUGCUGCUAUUGUCGACUUGUUUCGACGGUUUGUGGAAUCAAACGUCAUGAACGAAUUUAGGAAACAUAGGCAGUUGGCAACAAAACAAAGAAACCUUUUUGAGAUAUGUUUUAAGUGCAACGAUGAAAGUCACAGCUUUGAUGGAAGUCAACAGACAUUGUCAUUGCAAGUACUUAGAGGAACAACGGUUGAACCUUGCCCAGAUAUGAUGAGUGGCCAUACAAUAAACACACGAAAGGCAUAUUAUGAAUGGUUUCCAGAUGACCUGAACAUAGGAUUGAAAACUGCCUAUACGUUAAAAGAAAGAGACCUCAGCAAACUUUCUACAACAGUAGGAGAAAAUUGGGAAAAGCUUGGUAUCGAACUUGGUUUACGCACCGUUCAACUACAACACAUAACAUUGGACUACCCACGAACAGGGAUGAGGAUAUUUAAGAUGCUACAGGAAUGGACAGAUCAGAGGCCAGGCGAUGCCACACUAAAUACACUAAUUAAAGCCAUGAAAUCAGCAAAGGACGUAUCAAUUGACUGGGAUGAGGUUAGGAACAUAGUCGAAGAUAUAGCGUCCAAAAAUAACAUCAGACUAGCGAAGAAGACAAGCACUUCACAUGAAAUAUAAGAGACAAAAUAUGACAAUGACUCCGUUUCUGAGAUGAGCAGAAAAGUCGUCCUGUAUCUUAUUUGAAUAAAAGAAACAACACCUAAAAACAUAACAUUUAAACAUUGAAAAAAUAACAAGUGUUACAUUACAG